GGAGCAGCGAGUGGGGGCGGAGACGAGGAAGUGGGUACUAGGCGCGGGCUGUGCGCGCAGUCCGCCCGCUCCAUCCCUGCCCAGGGCGCAGCGGCGCGGGCUCCGGGCCACUGCCCGCGCCCAGCGCAGCGGCACCAGCUCCUGAUUUCCAGUGACCCCAGAGAGGAAGACCUUUUCGUGUAGAUGGGAGCAGUAGCCAACUAUGGAGGAUAAGGCUGAGUCUAUGCAUGAUCCCUCCAGCAUAAAAACAAAGCCACCUCCAAACACAUGCCCCAGGGCCUCGGUCUAUAUGCAAAACCUAGAGAGUGGCGAUCUACCCCAGCCCCAGGAGGAAGCUGGCUCCUCAGGGGACUCGCUGAGGACUGGCGUUUGAACCACCAAUGUGACUUCAAGGUCUUGCCUUUACCUCUCCAUUCCUACUCCUGCACCACACCUUACAGGGUAUUGCUUGGUUUAUUUUUAGAAAAACAGCAUUGGGUAAGUCAUUGAAGCCUCCCCAAACUUGGACACUUUCUUUUUGAGCCUGGAGCCCAGUGGUAAGAGCAGAAGAGAAGCAGCCAAGAGCCAGGGCAGCAACAGAAGGGUCCCAGGAUGGCGCUCAAUGACACAGCCUCUUCCUUUUGCCUGGACUCUACUGUGUACAAGAUCACCAUCAGUGUGAUCCUUGUAGUCCUUAUCCUCAUCACCGUCGCCGGGAAUGUGGUUGUCUGCCUGGCUGUAGGCUUGAACCGCCGGCUCCGCAGUCUGACCAACUGCUUCAUUGUGUCCUUGGCAGUCACAGACCUGCUCUUGGGCCUCCUGGUGCUGCCCUUCUCUGCCAUCUACCAGCUGUCCUGCAAAUGGAGCUUCAGCAAGGUCUUCUGCAAUAUCUACACCAGCCUGGACGUGAUGCUCUGCACAGCCUCCAUCCUCAACCUCUUCAUGAUCAGCCUUGACCGCUACUGCGCUGUCACCGACCCACUACGGUACCCUGUGCUCAUCACCCCAGCUCGGGUUGCCAUCUCUCUAGUCUUCAUCUGGGUCAUUUCCAUCACCUUGUCCUUCCUGUCUAUUCACCUGGGUUGGAAUAGCAGGAAUGAGACCAGCAAGGAUAAUGACACCACCCUCAAGUGCAAAGUUCAGGUCAAUGAAGUGUAUGGGUUGGUGGACGGACUGGUUACCUUCUACCUACCUCUGCUGAUAAUGUGCAUCACAUACUUCCGCAUCUUCAAGAUUGCUCGGGAGCAGGCCAAGAGAAUCAAUCACAUCAGCUCCUGGAAGGCAGCCACCAUCAGGGAGCACAAAGCCACAGUGACACUGGCUGCCGUAAUGGGGGCCUUCAUCAUCUGCUGGUUUCCCUACUUCACUGUUUUUGUUUACCGUGGGCUGAAAGGGGAUGAUGCUGUCAAUGAGGUGUUUGAAGCCAUCGUUUUGUGGCUGGGCUAUGCCAACUCAGCCUUGAACCCCAUCCUGUAUGCUGCCCUCAACAGAGACUUCCGCACUGCUUACCAUCAGCUCUUCUGCUGCAAGCUCGCCAGCCGCAACUCCCAUGAAACUUCUCUGAGGCUGAACAACUCUCAGCUGAUCAGGAGCCAAAGCCGAGAACCCAGGUGGCAGGAGGAGAAACCCUUGAAUCUCCAGGUGUGGAGUGGGACAGAAGUUACAGCCCCACAGGGAGCCACAAACAGGAAGCCAGCUCUGUCCUGCACCACGUGCUCCAGCAACCUCCUGAGUUGCUGCAAGAACCUGUGGGGCCUUCGGUUCCUUCAGAGACACCUGGAAAGUCCCUCAGAGGAACAAGCUGAGGAGCCACUGUCUGAGGAGACCCAGACAAUAACAGACCAGGAAGCAAUGAGGGCACUGCCCUCUGAGGCUGUUUAGACCGCCCAAGGAUGAAGAUAUUGGUCCUGGUCACCCAAAGUUGACACUGGGGCUUCUAAGGACCCAGCAUGCACAGCCACUGAGGAAGAACCCUGGGGUGCUGUGGUCCUCCAGCCCAGCGACAACAGUCUGUUCUGUGCUCAGCAUUCCCAGACAGGGGCUCAGGACUCCUCUGGGCUGAAUUCCAGGGCUUCAAACCUCACAUUGGUGCUGGCCCUAGGAGUCAUACGCAGAGACAGUGGGACUUACGGGAAUGUGUACACAUGUGUGCAUGGAUGAGUAUGUGUAGGGACAUGCAUGUCCUCAGAGAAGGAGCAGAGGGUGUUGCUCUAAAGCACUGGCCUCUCACUCCCUUGUGGGGUCUGCAUGAUGAAGGAAAGGAAAGGGAAGGCAAGGGAAGGGCAGGGCAGGGCAAAGGUGGGAAAAGGACUGAAAUUGCCUUCAUAAACACCUACUAUGUGCCAGGUAUUUCACUUGCACAAGAUCUCAUAAUCCUUACAAUGUGUGCUUAGGGUAAGGGCCACCACCUCACCUUUACAGAGAUGGAAACUGAGCCUCAGAGAAGCAUUGAGCCUGCUCGAGCUACUCAGCUAGAAAGUAUACUUGGCACAUAGGAGGUACUAGGAAACUAUUUGUUGAGUGGAUGGAUGGAUGGAUGGAUGCGAAGAUGAAGGAAAAGCUGGACCUCAUGUCCAUACACUUUUUUUUUUUUUUUUUGGUGGCCGGGGAUCAAACUCGGGACUUUGCGCUUGCGAGGCAGGUGGCAGAACCACUGAGCUAAUUCCCCCGCCCUCACAUCCAUACUCUUGACACUACAUUACACUGCCUCUCCAAAGAGAGGCCAAGAUAUUUCUGUGACUCAGCCUACCCUCCCGUUAGCGGGAUCAGACCUUCAGUCCUGGGGAUCCUGUCACUGUCACGCUAAAGUCUGACCUUCUCUAGUGCUUGUUAUCAACGAAAACCUGUGUGUAAUGGACUCACUGGGGACAGUGUGACUGGCAUCAGGGAGGACAGGUGCAGGCUCCAGGCUGCAGAGGUUGUGAAUGGGGGAGUUGACCCAGCAGUGCCCUCUGCUGGCCACAUGACCUCGGACACAUCACCUGACCCCUCUGAACAGCUCUCUCCUCCUGUUUGAGGGAUAAGCACCCCUUUCUUAUUUGUGGGAUUUCUGAAGAGACCCGAGAAGAUGGGGUUAUUAAGAGCUCCAGAAAUAUGAGGGUGUCCAUGGACUUCUCUGCCCCAAGGGCUUCUCAAUGGCCCCACCCCUACCUGACACUCUUCUCUUGGCUUCCAAGAUCCCCACCUCGUCUCCCCAGGACUUUACAAUUCCUGUAUUUUCAUCAUGCUCAGCCCAGCCAUCACGUGUAGCUCUUCCCCAGUGCUAUCCUGAGCCUUGUUUCCAGUUUCUCUCCCUCUGUGGCCUUGUCUACACCCAUGACUCCAGUUCUGAGGCAUGAGACAGUUACUUACAGAUUUACAACUAGAGGACAGGCCCAUUAGAGAAGCUGUAGACCCUCCACUGCCCACAAAACACCUCCACCUGGAUGUUUCAAAGAUGUCUCACCUUCAGUGUGUCCAUAACUAUGCCCUUGACCAUCUGCCUGUACCUGCUCCUCUCCUGGGCUUCCCCUUCUCAGAUACAAGCCCAUUGUAUGCCUCAAAGUUUGAGAAUCACCUUUGGGACAUCCCUUUGCCUUGCUCCUCAUGUUCAACCCUCCUGAGUCCUAACCUCUAUACAUAUCUACCACCCAAUUGAUUCCUUCCAUCUGCCCUGUGAUCACUCAGUCCAACUGCCAUGGUCUCCAUCAGGGCAAUUGGAAUAACUUCUCUCCACAUUCCCCACUCUACUUCUUCCAGUCCACCCUCUACUCAACAGCCACAGUGGGCUGUGCAAAAUGCAAAUUUGAUUGUAUCACACAAGAGAAAACCAUCUUCAGCAUGCCCCAUAGGCCCUACAUAGUUGACCUGUACAUGUCCUUCCAGCCUCCUCCGUAAGCAUACUUCACCUUCCCUUCUCUUUGCUUCAGCCCUGCUUUCCUUUUUAUUUAUUUAUCUUACUCUUUCCAGCAAACCAAUCACUCACAAUGCUAUUUCUAUGACUUGAAAUGCCCUUCUUGCUUUUUGGGCCAGUUGACUCCAUGAGAUCUCAGCUAAAAUGUCAUUUCCAUGAGAAAGACUUCCUUGUUCCUAAAUACUAAACCAAGCUCCUACCACACAACCUCAGAACUUUCCUUGGAAGCUAUUGGCAUAGUUGUAAUGCCACUGUCCCUUCUGUGAUUCCUUGAACAUCACCUGCCUCCCCUACUCAUGAGUUCUUUCUGUUGACUGUUGUCUGUCCAGCCCCUGAAGAGUACUGGCAACAGUAAGAGCUUAAUGAAUAUCUCAUAGAUGAUCGAGAAGAGAAAAUAAAGAAUGCAGAGACUGGUCAACUCCAACACUUAAACAGGCCAAUAAACCUGAAAGCAUGAUUUGCCUUCCUGAGCCCCAGAUAUACUUAAUUUCUCAGCAGAAUUCCUUCUGGAAACUCAGAAACCCCUCUUUGGAAGUUUCCAUAGGAGUUUGAGGCAGGUGGGUUUCUAAGUGAUGGCCAAGUAAUUGGAAGCAUAAGACCUCCAGUGCCAACAAACUUCUGUCCCUAAUCACAGACUUUGCUGGUCAAGGCUCCAGCCUAAGGUGUGCAUGAGCCACCUAGCACUGUAGAAGACUCCUGUGAGUCUGUGUCUGACCUACUCCCUCCUUGCGGAGGCCUCUGGGAGCCACUGCUGGCUGCAGAAAUUGGGUACAGGCUGCCUGGAGGAGCAACAUCUGUGGUGGGACCCUGAAUCAAUGUUCUGUGUUACCACUGCGUUCCAAUAAAGCUAUCAAAACAGA